UAUAUAUGUAUGUAUAUAUAUAUAUAUGUAUAUGCAAAAAUUACCCAAGUCUUGAUUUUCAUCACUUCUCUCAAAUUCUUAAUUUUUGUUCAGGUAGUACGUUCAAGAUCAGUGACCCCAAUAGACCCACCAAGUUUGUCCUUAAGUGAAACACAAAAACAAAAAAAAAAAAGAAAAAUAAAACUUAUCAACAUCUUAUGGAGAAAGAAAAUAACUAUUCGGCUCCCAUAAUGCCACCUAAUAAUAAUAAUAAUAAUAAUUUUUCUUCAUCAUUGGAUAAUUAUAACAUUGAGAAUAUUCAUCAUCAUCAACAACAAUUCAUGAAGUCCCACAUCGACGAGAGAAGUGAAGAAGGAGCAGAACAAAAUGGAGUCGAUGAGAGAAUAAUGGUCAAUUAUUUACUCAACAACAACAACAACAAUUUAUCUCAUCAUCAUCAUCAACACAAUAAUCAACAAUUGAGUUUUGCCGAUGUUAUGCAGUUCGCGGAUUUUGGGCCCAAAUUAGGCCUAAACCAAACUGAAGAAACCGACGAAGCUCAACAACUUGAAGAGAAUAGUAUGGUUGACCCGGUUUACUUUUUGAAGUUUCCAGUGUUAAACGACGACAACAACAACAACAACAACAAUAAUGAUAUUAUUAUAAACGACGUCGUUUGUCAACAACAACAACAUGAAGAGAUGAUGAAGGAUUGUGAUGUUGGUGGUGAUAAUAAUGAUAAUGAUGAUGGUUCGAUGCAACAUCUUCAGUUUUUGGGUGAAGAUCUUCAUCAGAAUAACGGUAAUGGUAAUGGUAAUAGUAAUGGUAAUAAUAAAAAUAAGAGAAAAAGACCGAGGACAGUUAAGACAAGCGAAGAAGUGGAAAGUCAACGAAUGACUCAUAUUGCUGUUGAGAGAAAUCGAAGGAAGCAAAUGAAUGAACAUUUGAGAGUUCUUAGAUCUCUCAUGCCUGGUUCCUACGUUCAAAGGGGAGAUCAAGCAUCAAUAAUUGGUGGAGCCAUAGAGUUCGUAAGAGAAUUAGAGCAACUUCUUCAAUGUUUGGAAUCACAAAAGCGAAGAAGACUAGUAGGAGAUCAACCUCCGCCACCUAGACAGCAACUCGGAUCAGCUGAUCAGGGUGGCGGUGGUAGUACUGGUGGAGUCCCUAUAGUUUCAGGGGCUGCACCAGGGUUUUUUCCUCUAGCCAAUAACGAUCAAAUGAUGAUGAUGAAUAGUAAUAAUAAGUUUGUGGCCGGAGACUUCGAAAUCAACCCCGCCAACAGUGGUGGCGGGCUUCGAGAAGAGAUGGCCGAAAACAAAUCUUGCUUGGCGGAUGUUGAAGUGAAGCUAUUAGGGUUUGAUGCGAUGAUAAAAAUUUUAUCAAGGCGAAGACCGGGACAACUUAUUAAGGCCAUUGCAGCUCUUGAGGAUUUGCAAUUUAAUAUUCUCCACACUAAUAUUACAACCAUUGAACAAACUGUUCUUUACUCUUUCAAUGUCAAGGUUACUAGUGAUUCGAGAUUUACUGCUGAAGACAUUGCCUGUUCUGUUCAACAAAUAUUUAGUUUUAUCCAUGCAAAUAGCUUGUAACAAUGUCAUAUGUACUUCUUAAAAAUAAUUUACCAAUAUAUAUAUCUUAAUUUAUCGAAUAUUUAAGAGAAUUUUUAGUCUA